GGCGAGCCGGGGCCGCGGGGCGCGGGAUCCGGACGCGGCUGCCCGGGCAUGAGGAGCUGAGCGUCUCGGGCGAGGAGGGCUGACGGCUGCACCAUGCAGGCGGCGGCGGCUGUAUCCGUGCCCUUCUUACUGCUCUGCGCCCUGGGGACCUGUCCCCCGGCGGGCUGCGGCCGGGCAGGAGACGCCUCGUUGACGGAGCUGGAGAGGAGGAAGGAAAACCGCUUCCUGGAGCGCCAGAGCAUCGUGCCACUCCGGCUCAUCUACAGCUCGGGCGAAGACGAAACUGGGCACGACGCGCUCGAUACGCGGGUGCGGGGCGACCCCGGCGGCGGGCAGUUGACUCACGUUGACCAGGCAAGCUUCCUGCUGGGUGCCUUUGGAACAUCGUUUAUUCUUGAUGUCCUGCUAAAUCAUGAUUUGCUGUCCUCUGAAUACGUGGAGAGACACAUUGAACAUGGAGGGAAGACUGUGGAAGUGAAAGGAGGAGAGCACUGUUACUACCAGGGCCACAUCCGAGGAAACCCUGCCUCAUUUGUGGCAUUGUCAACAUGCCAUGGACUUCAUGGGAUGUUCUAUGAUGGGAACCACACCUAUCUCAUCGAGCCAGAAGGAAAUGACACCUCCCAAGAGGAUUUCCGUUUUCAUUCAGUUUACAAAUCCAGACUGUUUGAAUUUCCCUUGGAUGAUCUUCCAUCUGAAUUCCAACAAGUAAACAUCACUCCACCAAAAUUUAUUUUGAAGCCAAGACCAAAACAGAGUAAACGACAGCUUCGUCGAUAUCCUCGUAAUGUAGAGGAGGAAACCAAAUAUAUUGAACUGAUGAUUGUGAAUGAUCAUCUCAUGUUUAAAAAACAUCGGCUUUCAGUGGUACUUACCAAUACCUAUGCGAAAUCUGUGGUGAACAUGGCGGAUUUAAUAUAUAAAGACCAACUUAAGACAAGGAUAGUAUUGGUUGCCAUGGAAACCUGGGCGGCUGACAACAAGUUUGCCAUAUCUGAAAAUCCAUUGAUCACCCUACGUGAGUUUAUGAAAUACAGGAGGGAUUUUAUCAAAGAGAGAAGUGAUGCAGUUCACCUUUUUUCGGGAAGUCAAUUUGAGAGUAGCCGGAGCGGGGCAGCGUAUAUUGGCGGGAUUUGCUCGUUGCUGAAAGGAGGAGGCGUGAAUGAAUUUGGGAAAACGGAUUUAAUGGCAGUUACGCUUGCCCAGUCGUUAGCCCAUAAUAUUGGUAUUAUCUCAGACAAAAGAAAGUUAGCAAGUGGUGAGUGUAAAUGUGAGGACACGUGGUCUGGAUGCAUAAUGGGAGACACUGGCUAUUAUCUUCCUAAAAAGUUCACCCAAUGUAGUAUUGAAGAGUAUCAUGACUUCCUGAAUAGUGGAGGUGGUGCCUGCCUUUUCAACAAACCUUCUAAGCUUCUCGAUCCUCCUGAGUGUGGCAAUGGCUUCAUUGAAACUGGAGAGGAGUGUGACUGUGGGACCCCGGCAGAAUGUGUCCUUGAAGGAGCAGAGUGUUGUAAGAAAUGCACCUUGACUCAAGACUCCCAGUGCAGUGAUGGUCUUUGUUGUAAAAAGUGCAAGUUUCAGCCUAUGGGAACUGUAUGCCGUGAAGCAGUAAAUGACUGUGAUAUUCGUGAAACAUGCUCAGGAAAUUCAAGCCAGUGUGCCCCCAAUAUUCAUAAGAUGGAUGGUUAUUCAUGUGAUGGUGUCCAGGGAAUUUGCUUUGGAGGAAGAUGUAAAACCAGGGAUAGACAAUGCAAAUACAUCUGGGGGCAAAAGGUGACAGCAUCAGACAAAUACUGCUAUGAGAAACUGAAUAUUGAAGGCACCGAGAAGGGUAACUGUGGGAAAGACAAAGACACAUGGAUACAGUGCAACAAACGGGAUGUGCUUUGUGGUUACCUUUUGUGUACGAACAUUGGUAAUAUCCCGAGGCUUGGAGAACUCGAUGGUGAAAUCACAUCUACUUUAGUUGUACAGCAGGCAAGAACAUUAAACUGCAGUGGUGGGCAUGUUAAGCUUGAUGAAGAUGUAGACCUUGGCUAUGUGGAAGAUGGGACACCUUGUGGUCCCCAAAUGAUGUGCUUAGAACACAGGUGUCUUCCUGUGGCUUCCUUCAACUUUAGUACUUGUUUAAGCACUAAAGAAGGCACUGUUUGUUCAGGAAAUGGAGUUUGCAGUAAUGAGCUGAAGUGUGUGUGUAACAGACACUGGGUAGGUGAAGACUGCAGCACUUACUUCCCUUACAAUGAUGAUGCAAAGGCUGGCAUUACUCUGUCUGGCAAUGGUGUUGCUGGUACCAAUAUUAUAAUAGGCAUAAUUGCUGGCACCAUUUUAGUGCUGGCCCUCAUAUUAGGAAUAACUGCAUGGGGCUAUAAAAACUAUCGAGAACAGAGACAGUUACCCCAGGGAGAUUAUGUAAAAGAGCCUGGAGAUGGCGACUCUUUUUAUAGCGACAUUCCUCCUGGAGUGAGCACAAACUCAGCAUCUAGUUCUAAGAAGAGGUCUGCUUUUCUGUCGCAUUUUCAGAUUUCUACCUGUUCCAUCACACAUUAUUCCAUUAGUCAGAACAUUUCAUUAUUUUGCAGCAGGUCAAAUGGACUCUCUCAUUCUUGGAGUGAAAGGAUUCCAGACACAAAACAUAUUUCAGACAUCUGUGAAAAUGGGCGACCUCGCAGUAACUCUUGGCAAGGUAACCUGGGAGGCAACAGAAAGAAAAUCAGAGGCAAAAGAUUUAGACCUCGGUCUAAUUCAACUGAGUAUUUAAACCCAUGGUUCAAAAGAGACUAUAAUGUAGCUAAGUGGGUAGAAGAUGUGAAUAAAAACACUGAAGGACCAUACUUUAGGACUUUAUCUCCUGCCAAGUCUCCUUCUUCGUCAACUGGGUCUAUUGCCUCCAGCAGAAAAUACCCUUAUCCAAUGCCUCCCCUUCCCGAUGAGGAGAAGAAAGUGAACCGACAAAGUGCCAGGCUAUGGGAGACAUCCAUUUAAGAUCAGCUGUUUACAUAUGAUACAUCGAAACUGUUUACUUCAACUUUUAUAGAAACUCAGCCUCACUGAAUCACUGCAAAUCUAUCUGCUCUUCAAACAACUUGAAAACAUCUCUGAAUGCCACAGAGGAGAGGAAGCCGAGACUCACAUCUGGAUACCAUUUUCUUUUUGUCAUUGGCUUCAGAUUUAAUUGAACCAUGAAAAGAACUACUGAAAUGUUACACUAUAACAUGGAACAACUAAGGUACUGGUAUGUUAAUGGAUAAUCCGCAUGACAGAUAUAUGUAGAAAUAUCACUGAAAUUAACUCACAUGACCCAAAUGUAGCAAGUUUCCUAAGGGACAAUAGUGGAUUCAGAACUUGACAUUCUGAAGCACAUCCUCAUUGUAGACAGUAAUGCUAUGUGCAUGAAGCUUCUGUUUAUUGUUUUCCACAUUUCAGGAAACAACAUCCCAUAAUAGAAACUAGCAUGCAGGGCUAAGGCAUAUAGGAUUUCUUCUGCAGGACUUUAAAGCUUGAGAGGCCAAUAUCCCAUAUGCUAACUGUAAACAUGUAUUUUUCUUUUUUUUCUUUUUUUUUUACGUUUCAUAUUUAUAUCAGCAUACAAGGACAAUUGUACAUAUGUAAACAUUUUUAAAAUUAAAAAAAAAGCAGCUGUUACACACAAGUGUAUUUUGCCAGAUGCCUAAAAACAAUCAGUCACAAUCACGUCAUCAUCAUCCAUCAAAUGGUCUUUAAAGAUUAUGACCGGAUGAUGUUGUAAAUAUAGUGGUCAGGGCUGUAUAUGUGUCUCCCCAUAAUUGGUAUUUGUCCAAACCAUGUGCUAUCCCUUUAAAGUGUGCACAGUCUAGAGGCAGUUUUACUGAGUAAUUAAUUGAACAAGAGAACAAAAUGUCCGACAGAACUUAGGGCCUCCACAGCUUGCUUACUGCCUCAAGGCGCUCUGCUGCCAGCUGGCUGCUCCCUGGGAAUCCUCCAGGCUGUCCAUCUUCCUUCUGGGGGCUACAGCGCCUGCCUCAGUGGCUAUUCUUUUUCGGUGCCAGAGCACAUCUGCUAGUCUCACCUGGGGGCGCCUGUGAGCCCCACAGCAGUGUGUCCUGCUGAGUUAAACAAAUGCACCAAAGACACAGGAGGCCACAGCUGCUGAUGCAUUGGUAGCUUCCAACUUGCCAAUACUCUAACCCUCUGUGGCCUAAACUUUUGUUCUUUAACAAAGCUUUUUAGCCACCCUUAUCUGUGACAUGAAUGACGUGUUUUAAUGAAAACAACUUUCACACUGUUUAUUGAGGGUAUUUAUCAUCGGUGGGACGUGAGUCCCAGCAGGUCAUUCUGCACUGAUGUGUAAGUAAGAUAUGGAAGGUUCUACCAGCUGGGCUGGGAAGCCUCAACAGGUUGCAGAGGGUUCAAAGAAACCUAAAACCCCAAGGGUGCAGCAACUGUGAAGUUAUCCAAACAGCUGGCAAGGGGUAGAAUCUGAUGUUCUGAACUCUCUAUUUUUUUAAUUCAUAGAAAAGUGAGAAAUCUAUGUUAAAUCCCCUUCUUUAAAACCAAAGUUCGAUAGCUGUCAUCAUGCAGCUCUGCCAUUCUUAAAGAAAACUUCUCUUGGGAGGCGACCCUAGUGAGCUCAGAAAUUAAUGGGAUCAAUCAGAUGCUUUGAUGUAAAGAGUACUUCUGAAUUUUCUAAUUUUCUCUCCUUUUUCUUGAGAGGAAUGGAAUCUGCAGACAAGAUUUCAGAAAUAUCCUCUAAAUUUGAUCUCUGCCAGUAGUGUUCGAGGACAAAACCCAUUUCAUCUCCGUGUGUAAUCAUCUUGGAGGCCCAAACUAAAGGGCCCAUUAGAAGGCAGUGUUUUCUCCUCUAUGUGUCUAUGUCUUCCAUAGCGGACCUCUCUUCUGAAAGUCUUUGAAAACAUUUGAAAAGCAGUUUAAUUAUCCAAAAUGAUAAAGUAUAAACAGCAGUUUUCAUGACAGGAAGGGAUGUGAUUGUCGAGACUACAAUAAAAUGAUCCAUCAGUCUCAAGUUGGGCGAUGUUGCCAUAUAGCCCAAGCCAAGGACAGGAGGGCAGACAGGUUUAAAGAUGUAGCAAAUAAAGUGGCUUCUGACCAAGAUCACUUUAAUGUGCACUGAAUGUUUUCUGAUAUUGAGUGUAUAAAAGGCUAAUGUUAGAAGGUUUAUUUUGACUAUAAAAGAGUUAUAGAUUUGAAUGUAAGGUACCUCAUGUAAAUAUGCUUCCUAGUUAUGGUUCCACAUCCCUCAUUUGAAAGAAUCCACAAAUGAUUAGCUAUGUAGUCGAUGGAUCCCGUCACCCUUCUCUCUUUCCUCACCUUCUCAAUUAUUUUUACAUGAAGAUUAUUAUUUCAAGUGAAAAAUCAUUAUUUGUGCCUUUUGGGAGACAUGGUUGCUCUAGAGGUAUACAGUUUAUAGUCAUCCCCCUCGAUAAUAAACUUCAUAUAGAACUGAAUGAAAAGUGUUUUAUUUGCAGAGAGACUAUGAUUUUAUGGUACCUUUGGUGUUCUAUUCUAGAUAUCUAUUCUAUCUAGGAAUGUGUAAACAUUCUUACAGCCAUUUGCCACAUUCUUUGACAAGUUUAUAAUUUCAGUGGCUACUUGUGAGAAGCACCUAUAUGUGAACUCAUGGUUGUUGUUCUAGGUGUAUUAAAUCUAAAUAUCUAUGACUUUUCGUCCACUGAGGCAGGGAGAAUGGACCCAUGGCACUAAACGCAAGCACAGCAUUAUUAUUAUUAUUAAUUUUUUUUGAGUAUCUAUUUUGGAGAGCAACUUUGAGGCCACAUAGCAGUUUGUGUAUCAUGAAACUGAUAUUUAUAGCCCCCAGUCAACUAUAGGACUGUUAUACUAAGCAGAGAAGAGCAGCUUUUUGGCCUUUGUGUUCCAUUGUAUGCCUUUUUCCUCUCUUUCUGAAGUUUUGUGCGUAGAUUAGACUUCAGAUUGACAACUCUGCAGCCUGAGAUGUUCCAUUUAUCCAUAGUCGUUACAGUAUAGUAAACCCAGAUUUAAAGCAACACAUAUCUCUCCCCUAAGAGUGUCAACAAAGGAGGUGUGGGAAACAUGGAGCUAUAAAGGAGCUGACUGGUCAGAUUAACUGGUCUCUGUGUCCAGCCCCUCAUUCUUUAGACAGAAAGUGGCACCCUCCUCUGGGGUCUCCCAGCUGGAAAGUGGCCCCUAGGCCACAUGCAAUCGGUGGAAAGGAAUAAACUCCUCACACAGUGCAGCACCAGGAGGCCUUUCAAUUUGUGGUUGCUGUAUUUUUUUAAAGAUGCCCAGUGCUUUUCCUUAAAAUAAAACGUUGACUAAUAAAGUAAAUGCCAAAGCUAUUUUCCAGGUUGAUAUAUAGGUGCUUUAUUAAAUGAUACUACAGUUUCACUCCCCUGCCCACCUCCACACCCCCUGGCUUUAAAAAGGCUUUUAAAAUUGUGUUACUGUGUAAAGUCAAUCCAGCAUAGAUUUCUGAACAUAAGAUUGAUAGGGUUUCUAAAAGAAGUCGCUGAAAAGAUAAAAUCAGGUAUUCUGCGCACUUCCACAGAAGGACUAUUUAUGUUUGAAUUCCCAAACAGUCUUAACAUUUCUCUAUUUUUUCUGUUGAUCCCCUUGCAGAUUUGCAUAAUUUAAUCCUGUCUAUUGUCUCAGAUCUUUUUGUGUCUCCUUUACCUUUUACCUUCUUAGAUUUUCUUCUUUAAUUUUUAGAGUUACCUAUGGGCUAGAGGAAAUAUGGUAUUUCUGUUCACUUUCAGUGUUUCAAAAUUGUUCAUUUAUUAAUCUCACCCAUUCUUCAUUUCCUGCUGUCAUGUAGUUCUAUUUUAACAUAUAUAUUUAGUGCUUUAAAUAUUUCCUUGUGUUAUUCGACAUGAUAAUAAAUCCUUACGUAAAGAGAAGACUUUUAUUUUACUUUAUUUUACUUAAAAAGGAAAGGGAAUAUACUGGAACUUACCGAGUAGCUUGCCGAGUGUAUGGGAAGGGGAGCUGAAUAAAGGCAGUGAGGGAAGGAAGGGAAGCAGGCCUGCUGCCCCCGCAGCCUGAUAGAACACCGCCCCCUGCUACCAGGACGCCCCCUAUGGGCAGCUUUUUUUUUUUUUUUUUUGGCCAAGCCGCAUGUGGGAUCUUAGUUCCCCCACGAGAGAUCAAACCUGUUCUCCCUGCAGUGGAAGCACGGCGUCUUAACCACUGGACCGCCAGGGAAGUCCCUGGGCAGCAUAUUUUAAGUACAAUCGUACCAGUUGGUAAGUUGACAUGAAUUUUACAUGAAACGUUCUGACUCCCAUUUG